AUGAGUUCCGAAGGCGAGCAAGCUCGCGACAUCAAGAACCACCUUCUCUUUGAGAUUGCUACCGAGGUCGCUCAUCGAGUCGGUGGUAUCUACUCUGUCAUCAAGUCCAAAGCUCCCGUCACGACAGCCGAAUAUGGCGACCGCUACACGCUCAUCGGCCCCCUCAACCAUCAAUCGGCUGCCGUCGAGGUGGAGGAGAUGGAGCCUACUAACCCAGAGAUCGCUACUACUUUGCAGUCCAUGAGAGACCGCGGAGUUCAUGUUGUGUAUGGUCGUUGGUUGAUUGAGGGUGCUCCCAGAGUCAUCCUAUUUGACACCAAGACAGCCUACAGUCGGUUAGAUGAGUGGAAGGCCGACUUGUGGGAAGCGGCCAGUAUUCCUUCGCCACCUGGUGAUGAUGAGACCAACGAGGCCAUUGUUUUUGGUUACCUUGUUGCCUGGUUCCUGGGAGAGUUCGUGUGCCACGAAAAGAAGAAAGCCGUUAUUGCUCACUUCCACGAGUGGCUUGCUGGUGUCGCUCUUCCCCUUUGCAAGAGGCGCCGCAUCGAUGUCACGACGAUCUUUACCACACACGCAACUCUUCUCGGCCGAUACCUCUGCGCCGGCUCCGUGGACUUCUACAACAACCUCCAAUGGUUCGAUGUUGAUGCUGAGGCAGGCAAGCGUGGCAUUUACCACCGAUACUGUAUCGAGCGAGCAGCAGCACAUGCAUGUGAUGUUUUUACCACUGUUUCACACAUUACGGCGUUCGAGUCCGAACAUUUGCUGAAGCGAAAGCCUGAUGGUGUUCUUCCCAAUGGUCUCAAUGUCACCAAGUUCUCUGCCGUUCACGAGUUCCAGAACCUGCACCAGCAGGCAAAGGAGAAGAUUCACGAUUUUGUUCGAGGUCAUUUCUACGGUCACUUCGAUUUCGACAUCGACAACACACUGUACCUCUUCACUGCCGGCCGUUAUGAGUUCAGGAAUAAGGGUGUUGACAUGUUCAUCGAAUCUCUGGCACGACUCAACCACCGUCUCAAGGCUGCUGGUAGCAAGCUGACAGUGGUGGCUUUCAUCAUCAUGCCUGCUCAGACCACUUCGCUCACUGUUGAGGCACUCAAGGGUCAGGCGGUUAUCAAGUCCCUAAGAGAUACUACACACGUUAUCGAGCAGAGCAUUGGUCGCCGCAUCUUUGAACGCUCCCUCAAGUGGCACGAGGGUGACCCAUUGCCCGAUGAGAAGGAGCUCAUCUCUGCUCAGGACCGAGUCCUGCUUCGUCGCCGUCUCUUCGCCAUGAAGCGCCACGGACUUCCUCCAAUUGUUACCCAUAACAUGCUCAACGACCAUGAGGAUCCUGUGUUGAACCAGAUCCGUCGCGUGCAGCUUUUCAACCAUCCUUCUGAUCGAGUCAAGGUUAUCUUCCAUCCUGAGUUCCUCAAUUCUGCCAACCCCGUCCUCCCUCUCGAUUACGACGACUUUGUCCGAGGUUGCCAUUUGGGUGUAUUCUCUUCAUACUAUGAGCCUUGGGGCUACACUCCCGCCGAGUGUACAGUCAUGGGAGUACCCAGCAUCACCACCAACCUUUCUGGUUUCGGAUGCUACAUGGAGGAGCUCAUUGAGAACUCGAGCGAUUAUGGUAUUUACAUUGUGGAUCGAAGAACCAAGGGCGUGGACGACUCCGUCAACCAGCUCACUUCAUUCAUGUACGACUUUUGCCAAAAGAGCCGUCGUCAGCGCAUUAACCAGCGAAACCGAACCGAGCGACUUAGCGAUCUCCUUGACUGGAAGCGCAUGGGCAUGGAGUACGUUAAGGCUCGCCAGCUGGCUCUGCGCCGUGCCUACCCCAACUCUUUCAGCGGCGACGAUGAUGAAGAGGACUUCAUCCCUGGUGUCGAGCAGAAGAUUUCACGACCUUUCUCGGUCCCUGGUUCGCCUAGGGAUCGCACUGGCAUGAUGACACCCGGCGACUUUGCCAGUCUGCAAGAAGGCCGUGAGGGCUUGAGCACUGAGGACUAUGUUGCCUGGAAGCUUCCCGAGGAGGAGGAUCCUGAGGAGUACCCGUUCCCUCUUACGCUUCGAACCAAGCAGCCUGCGCCUCACAGCCCUUCAGACAAUGUCCCCGUGAACGGAACCCAGUAG